CCCUUUGUUUUCCUUCUUGGGCCAAUUUCUACUCUUAGACAGGGCCGGAGCAAGCCAGUUUAGGACGAGCAAUGUCUGAUGGCUACUCGUGGCACCUGGCUGCAGCGGCUGUUGCUGGGAUCGCCUUCGGCUAUGUUCUCGCAAAGACCCACCCAGCGCCUGAUACUGCGACUGCGCCUGCGCUGAAGCGGGACUUUCGCGUGCCGAGCGAGAAGGUCUGUCUCGUCACUGGUGGCUCCAGAGGCAUUGGUGCGGCAGUCUGCGAGAGGCUGGCGGCAGAUGGGUACAAGGUGGCGGUGAAUUAUCGCAGCAACAAGGAGCAGGCCGACGAGGUGGUGAAGCGGAUUCGUUUGCAGGGGGGCAUAGCUGUUGCAGUGCAGGGCGAUGUCGCCAACCAGCAGGAAGUCCCACAAUUGUUCGACAUGGUCUCGGCGCAGUUGGGCGCAGUGCCGACUGCGGUGGUCAACAAUGCCGGGCUCUUAGGCCCCCUCACUGGCCUCACAGACGACGCCACACUGGGAGAGCUCGGCAGAGUCAUGGGCACAAACCUCUAUGGGGUCCUGCACGUACUCCAGGAGGUCGCAAAGCGCAUGCAGCCCGGUGGCGCGGUUGUCAACGUGAGCGCAGGCUCUGCAUACACUGGUCAGCCCCUGGCGUAUGCCAUGAGCAAGGGCGCGUUGAACAGUUUGACCGCAGGAUGUGUGCCAGAGCUGGCACGCCUGGGCAUUCGCAUCAACACCGUGUCCCCAGGUCCUGUCUACACAGACAUGAUGGGAGACUUUGACCAGAUAGCUCGGGAUCAGAUGGCUGCUGCAAUACCGCUGGCCAGAGCGGGCGAGCCCAGCGAGAUUGCCGCGGGCAUCUCCUGGCUGCUCUCGGACGAUGCGUCUUUCGUCUCGGGAGCCAACUUGCGGAUCGCCGGGGGCAAGCCCCUAGAAGCGUGAGACAGUCGAUUCCCCGCGAAUCGAGGGGUCGGCGCCAAUCCGAGCCCCCCCUGCAGAUUAGCUUGUGAACCACAAAAACCUGUGUUUUUUUUAGGAAACUCCCUUUGCCAC